CUCCAAAACGAUCGAUCACACGAACCAAGAAACAAAAAAGAUUAAGAUACACGCGGAGGCAGAGAGAAUCAAAUGGGGUUCAGUGAGGCGCAGGAGGAGCUGGUCCUGCGCUCAUGGAAGGCCAUGAAGCCGGACUCCGAAUCCAUCGCUCUCAAGUUCUUCCUCAGGAUCUUCGAGAUCGCGCCGGCGGCGAAGCCGAUGUUCCCGUUCCUGCGCGACGCCGGCGAGGACGCGCCCCUCGAGAGCCACCCGAAGCUCAAGGCGCACGCCGUGACCGUCUUCGUCAUGGCCUGCGAGUCGGCCACGCAGCUGCGCAAGACCGGCGACGUCAAGGUGAGGGAGGCCACGCUCCGGCGUCUCGGCGCCACCCACGUCAGGGCCGGCGUCGCCGACGCGCACUUCGAGGUGGUGAAGACGGCGCUGAUGGACACCAUCGAGGGCGCCGUCCCCGAGAUGUGGACGCCGGAGAUGAAGGCGGCUUGGGAGGAGGCCUACGACCAGCUCGCCGCCGCCAUCAAGGAGGAGAUGAAGUUCGCUGCGGCGGCUUGAUGCCACGCAUGGACUCUGCCUUCAUGAGCUCUCUUGUUGUGAUGUGUCAUGUGUGUACUGUACCGUAAACGCUGCCGUAACGUCAAGUGAGGCAGCCAAAAAAAAACCACUGUUUUAUAUAAAUCCCGAUUAUCAAUAUAUCAAUUCCUUCAGUUUAUUUCA